AUGGAUGACUGGGAUACCGUUACAAAGAUUGGAAGCAAGUCCCGCGGCGGCGGAACUUCCAAGGAGACCGUCGUACGCGGAAAAUCUGCCCUGAAUGCUGCUCAGCGCAGCGGAGCCGUUGUUGGGACCGAGAAGAAAUUUGGCGCUGGUAACUCUGCAUCCAAGCCCGGUGUCGAAGGCCAGCAUCUGACCAAGGUCGACCGAAGUGAUGAUAUCGUCAAGCCCAACACGGUCGGCAAGGAGGUCGGCAGUGUCAUCUCGGACCAGCGCCAGAAGAUGGAGCCGAAGAUGACGCAGAAGGAUCUGGCGACCAAGUGCAACACUACACAGAGCAUUGUGGCGGAUUUCGAGAGGGGGACGGCGACACCGGAUCAGAAGGUUCUCGCGGCCAUGGAGAAGGCAUUGGGCAUUAAGCUGAGGGGGAGUGAUAUUGGAGCGCCGAGAUUUGGGCCUAAGAAGAAGUAG